CAACCCUCACAACAAUUGGAACAUGCUCAACUACUGGAUCCUUUCCCCUAAUUAGCUUCCAUGAAUCACAUUCUAAAACCCCUAAAACGCAACGUAUAUAUACUUUGGGGUUUAAGAGGAGAAACCAGCCGCAGAUUGUCUGUCUGAAACCUCAAAGAUGGAGCGAACAAAGAAAUUAGGACACGAGCUUCUCACAUCCAGAGCGCAUGUAAACAAUGCCCCUAUUCUUAUUUGCCUGCUUUCCUCGUGCAUUGGAAACGCAGCAAUUUCUGAUCAGGGUUUAGAAGCCCUGAUUACUCUUCAGGCCUUCUUUCUACCAUUGCUGAGAACUGAACUCGCGGCCUCUGCUGUGAAGGAAGCCUCAGAGAGGCUGAAGAAAAAACGGAAGAGAAGUCAAGAAGGAAAAACAGAUGAUGGAGAAAAGGCCGAAGAUAUAUACAGGAAGUGGCUAUGGAGUAAAUAUAGGGAGCUUUUGCGGCUUCUCAGAAAAAUUGUGGCUUCUUCAGUACCAAAUCCCACUUUACGGGUUGCUGCAAUGGAUGCUCUUAUGGAAUUUGCCCGACAGCAGAAACAAGGUAGAUUCCAGACGAGGAUUUACUUGAGGUUAAUUUCUUCUUUGGUGCAUUCAAAAGCUUUUGAUGAUGUGAUUCUAACCAUACUUCUGCCAAAGUAUUUCAAAUACAAAGAUAUUUGCUAUGUCUCAUAUUCUGGUUUGGCAGAGCUUGUAAGCAGUUCCAUUAGUCGAAAGUAUGAAGAUGAGGAUAUAUCGGCUGACAAUGAGGAGAUACAUAUUUCAAAGAGCAGUUCUCCCAUGGUCAUACAGAAUGUGUAUAAAUUCUUGUCAUGUAUUCCUCCUCCAUCUGAAGACGAUAUUGAAGAAUCAGAGGAAGAGAUGUGGAGUAGUGUUAAUGGUUUGUUAAGUGACAAAGAUAACUUUGGGGGCUUUGGAAAGCAGAAGACACAACAAACAAACACAGACCAAACACAGAAUGCUUCUAAGAAAGCAUCUUCUAGUAGAAUAUCUGCCAAAAGAAUGAGGUCAAAAAUGAGUAAAGCAUGGAUGUCAUUUCUUAAGCUUCCACUCCCUGUGGAGGUGUACAAGAAGGUUUUGGCUAACUUGCAUAAAACUGUGGUUCCAUACUUGUCAAAUCCAAUCCUGCUGAGUGACUUUCUUACACGGUCAUAUGAUAUUGGGGGCAUAACCAGUGUGAUGGCACUAAAUAGUCUUUUCAUACUGAUUACACAGCAUGGCUUAGAGUAUCCCGAUUUUUACAACAAGCUUUAUGCACUCUUAGAACCAUCAAUAUUUAUGGCAAAAUAUCGAUCCCAUUUUUUUGAGCUUUUGGAUAGAUGUUUAAAAUCACCACUUCUACCAGCAUAUUUAGCCGCAGCAUUUGCAAAGAAGCUGAGUAGAUUAGCGCUUUACACACCUCCAUCAGGUUCACUUCUUGUGAUUGCAUUGAUUCAUAAUCUUCUUCGAAGGCAUCCUUCAAUUAAUUGUUUGGUGCAUUGGCAGGACCACAAAGAAAUGGGUGAAGUGGAAGGAAUUGAAACAAAGCGACCAGAGGAAAAGAUUGACAACUUUUGCCAAUCUACAGCUAAACCUGGCAGAGAUAUGUUUGUGAUUGAGGAGAAGGAUACAGCAAAGUCUAAAGCCCUGUUGAGCUCAUUGUGGGAGAUAGAAACACUUCGUCGACACUAUUGCCCAGCUGUCUCCAGAUUUGUUACAUCGCUUGAAAAUGACUUGACAGUUAGAGCCAAGACUACUGAAGUUGUUGUCAAAGACUUCAGCUCUGGUUCUUAUGGUACCAUAUUUUCAGAAGAGGUUGGUAGAAGAAUAAAACAAGUUCCGCUUGCAUUUUACAAGACUAUGCCUUCUACUCUGUUUCCUGAGAAAGCAACAAAGGGCAGUUCCCCAAAUUUAGAUUUUGCAGGCUGGAGGUUUACCCCCUGUGACAGAAAUAAGUCAACUUCAUAAUCAAGGUGACAAGUUCAAUUAUGUUGUAACCCUAGUACUCCAUUUCUGGGUCCUUGCAAGUUCCACUUGUAUUAAAUCUUUACUAUGCAAAUGAUGCACGCAUCCUCCAACGGAGCUUUAUGGUAGAAAUUUUCAAAUGUCCUUUAAUGACAAAAGCAAAUCAACUCCAAUGACAAUGAUAAUUGACAACAAAAUUUCGUGUACGUGUUGAAGGAAGAGAAUCAAGCGAUUUAUUUUGUACCGAAGCAACAACCCAGGCAGUUUAUCUUUUGAAGGAAGUUGUACUUCCAAAUUUCAUGUAUCUUUUAUAAGCUAUAAGGAGUUAGAUUGAGAAAAUGAAGCCAUAUCCACCUGGCUGUUACACACUCGAUGCUCAUAAAUGAGUUUUCUUUGGUAUGAAGUAAGCGAUUUAAAUUUCUAGGUUUUUUGCUAGCAUCUAAUGUAACACUCCAUGAAUUAGCAUGGAAAGAAAAUUCAUGCCAAGGAAGGAAAAGUGUUUUAGAAUCAAA